ACGUGCACUACCGUGACGUGUUUUCGCUGGUCAAAGAUGCGGAUUCGACGCAUGCCAUUUUGGAUAUAAACUGAACAGCGAGCGCUAUGGAACCUCCGUACGAACGCGGCGCGGACGCGCCGACCGCCGCAGACUCGACGGUGACCCUGUGCUUCUUCAACGGGUGCUCGCAGCCCGCGCGCCCUGGCUCUGUCAAAUGCGCUUUUCAUCGCAAGAAAGGAACGUGUGUCGGGCCUGCUUGUCGCAACCAAGUGUACGCCCGUGGCCGAUGCGUGCUGCAUGGAGCCCGGAAACCGUGCACGUACCCCGACGGAUGCGACGGAUUUGCUCGAAGUCGAGGGCUGUGCAGUCGUCACAGCCGAGGAGGACAACCUAACCACUCGGACGAUGUCUCGAACGCCCCCGACCGGUCCAGCAGCAUGCACAAGAGUGGCAACUACAUCCGGCACCGCCAACCCCACCAUCCAUAUUUUGCCAGCCCCCAGCAACGCGGCGCGCUCUCGCCAGCGAAGAUGCUGCUCGAAGUGGAUCCGAAGGCGCGGUCUUGCCUGGAUGGCCUAUUGCAACUCAACCAACACCAUCAUGACCAAGACCACGUUUACUCCACCAUGCAUCAGAUGAACCCGAGCCCGAGGACGUUGCCGCCGCUGCUCCCUUCCCGGGCGGCACCCUGCACAUACACGAACCCAACCAGCCUGCCGACGCUGCCUUCCAUCCGCUCAUGGUUGAACCAUCCUCCAUGCAUAAUGUAUUAGCUUGCUCCGAAUGGACUGCCUGGUCGUGUCAAUGCGAGAAGUUUUCGUGCACA